AACAGGAGGACGAAGCGAAGGAGACUGUCGUAAAGUGGAAUGUUUUUGAGUGAGGAGGUCAUUGGAAAGUGAGGUUGUUUGGUACGUUGUCGGGGGAAUAGCAGAUACUCUGAUACCAGAGUGGCUUUACUCAAAUCCAGCGUCGUUUUACAGGGGUCAUCACGUUCAAAAUGUUGCGUUUAGCGCUGCGAGUGCGUCCAUCUCCCAGAUUCACCCGGCCCAGUGUCCGGACGGGCCCUGCUGCUGCUGCUAGUCCACGAUCCGGACCGCUGUCAUGCCAUCAUCUCAAGCGAUACCACUCCAGCGGCCCGGCCCGGCCCCGGAUCUUGAGUGACGGUCGGCGUGUGUUCAACAGCAUCCUCAUUAACAGAUCAUGGGUCUGGAGAAGCCAGACGGCUAGUUUCAGUCAAAGCAUGCGAGUGUACAGUCUGCCGCCACAUCAGAAAGUGGAACUACCCGCGUUGUCCCCAACUAUGCAGAUGGGCACUAUUGCACGCUGGGAGAAGAAAGAAGGAGACAAAAUCAAUGAGGGAGAUUUGAUUGCUGAGGUUGAAACAGACAAGGCUACUGUUGGAUUUGAAAUGCUGGAGGAGUGCUACCUUGCCAAGAUCUUGGUCCCUCAGGGUACAAGAGAUGUGCCCAUUGGGGGUGUCAUUUGUAUUACAGUUGACAAUCCUGACCUCAUCCCUGCAUUUAAAGACCUUACAUUGGAUAAAAUCGCUAGCUCCGCCUCUGCACCUGCAGCUGCCCCUCCCCCUCCAGCAGCGCCUGCUGCUGCUCCUGCUUCACCACAAGUUCCUGGAAGCUCCCACCCACCUCACAUGAAGGUUCUUCUCCCAGCUCUCUCCCCCACUAUGACUGUGGGCACCGUGCAGCGCUGGGAGAAGAAGGUGGGUGAGAAACUUGGUGAGGGAGACCUGCUGGCUGAAAUCGAGACCGAUAAGGCAACAAUCGGUUUUGAGGUACAGGAGGAGGGUUACCUGGCUAAGAUAUUGAUUGCUGAGGGCACCAGAGACGUUCCCCUUGGCACUCCUCUCUGUAUCAUUGUGGAAAAGGAAACCGAUAUUGGCGCAUUUGCAGACUAUGUAGAGACAGGGGUGGCUACAAGCCCACCUCCCGCACCAACACCGGUGGCCACCCCACCACCAGCUCCAGCAGCUCCCACCCAAGCACCUGCCACUACUCCAGCCGCCCCUGCUGCUCCUAGGAAGGGUAGGGUGUUUGCCAGUCCACUAGCCAAGAAACUGGCAGCCGAGAAGGGAAUUGAUAUCGCCCAAGUCACAGGAACUGGACCAGACGGCGCAGUCACCAAGAAAGAUAUCGACACUUUCGUUCCACCUAAGCCCGCUCCUACACCAGCUGCUGCACCCACACCCACACCCAGCCCUCCAGCCGCCCCUGCUUUUGCUGCUGUACCUACAGGAACCUUCACUGACAUCCCCAUCAGCAACAUCCGCAGAGUGAUUGCCCAGAGGUUGAUGCAAUCGAAGCAGACUAUUCCUCACUAUUAUUUGUCUAUCGAUGUCAACAUGGACCAAGUUGUUGAACUCAGGAAAGAACUCAAUGCUGAGCUGAAAGCGGAUAACCUCAAACUCUCGGUCAAUGACUUCAUCAUCAAGGCCUCGGCUCUGGCCUGUUUAAAAGUGCCAGAGGCCAACUCCUCCUGGAUGGACACAAUCAUCAGACAAAAUCACGUGGUGGAUGUUAGUGUGGCAGUCAGUACACCUGUGGGUCUAAUAACUCCCAUUGUAUUUAAUGCUCAUAUUAAGGGUCUUGCGACUAUCAGCAAAGACGUAGCCUCAUUAGCUGCUAAAGCCCGAGAGGGAAAACUACAACCGCACGAAUUCCAGGGUGGUACCUUCACUAUUUCCAAUCUGGGCAUGUAUGGGAUCAAGCAUUUUUCUGCUAUCAUUAACCCUCCUCAAGCCUGCAUUCUGGCUGUGGGUGGCUCAGAAAAGAGACUUCUGCCUGCAGACAACGAAAAAGGGUUUGAUGUGGCAAGCAUGAUGUCUGUGACUCUGAGCUGUGAUCACCGGGUGGUAGAUGGCGCUGUUGGCGCACAGUGGCUGGCCGAGUUCCGCAAGUUCCUGGAGAAACCAUACACAAUGCUCCUGUGAGCAGGAAGUUUAAAGGCUCCUGGCCCUCCCCCAAAAAACAGUGGACUUUAAGAUUUGGAUAGGUCUCUCUCAUUGCUUGUAUGCUUUCCCUGGGAAUUAUAACAGCUGGUUCUCUCCUCUCUCUUUUUAUUUUUCUUAUCACUCACAUACUCCCUUUCAUAUACUGUAUUUUCAACAGUGCUUCCUAAAUCCUGAAGUAACCUCUCAACCCAAAGUCGUAAGUAAUUGUUAAGGUUGUUUUCUGUAGUUUCAGAAGAUAAUGCAAGGGUUUUCUUCUUCCUUCAGGAUAUUGUUACAAGCACUGUAAGUCUGUGUUUGCCAUUAGAUCAAAGAAUAAUGUCUCAUCAUCUGUACCUAAAAGCUUUGACUUGUUUCCAUGUAUCAUUACACAUUCAUUGGCACAAUAUGAGUAUUCUUUCUGUACAAGAAAAACCGUGAUGAGAUCUGGAGAUGUGUGUGCCAAAUAUUGUCUCAAUACAAUUGAAAUUUAUCGAUGACCCAUUAUUCGGUGCAUAGGUUUAUUUUCUGUAUUGCUUCAUAGUAGUCAUACACAAGUUACAUAAGUGGCGUAUUCAUGAUGGCUGUUCCACUGAGAUUGUGUGAAGAUGCUUCACAUCUUCACAUCUUCACAUCUUGGUAUGUGGGCAGAGUUUUAUAUAGGCAAUUUAAUUUAUUACAUCUCUCGCUCCAGACAAAGCACGUUAGUGCCUUUGCUCCUGUUUAUAGCACCUUGGUAUUUCUUUUAAAAUGGUGGUUAUAUUUUCAAGUCAUUCUUUAAUGAAUAACGCACAAUUCAUGGGGUGAACUGCUGUUAUGAAUAAACCUAUGGAGAAACAAAAGAAAGGUUUUCAAUAUGAAUGAAUAAACAUGUUUGUAUCUUGUAGGGGAAAAAAUGCAGUCGAAAUGCAGUCAAUGCGAUUUGGACAAACUGAGAUUAUUUUUCUUUUUUUCUUGAGGGGAACGAAUAUGACUAAUAUAUCAAUAUUUAAAAUGACAUAAAACAUGAGAGGGAAUAAACAAAAUAGACAUUCAAAUAAGAUAUAUUGCACAUUGAUAUGAUUCUAUAAAGUUUACUUGUGUAAUCUUACUGGUCUACCAUGUCAUGCAAAGUAUCAUUUACAUUUCAGUACAUUUCUAUAAGGGGAGAAUCACUUAAUGUGAAUAUAAUAUAAAAUAAAAUAAAAGAAAGGGUGGCCGUC